GUCAGGGUUGAAAGUUCAGGAACAUGGCUGAAGUUGUCACUGUUUUCGGAGCAACAGGGAGCCAGGGAGGUGGGGUGGCCAAUGCCCUGCUGGAGGAUCCAAAGUUCAACGUCAGAAUAGUGACGAGAAGCGCCUCUACCGACAAAGCUAAGGCACUGCAGGAGAGAGGUGCAGGGGUCAUCGAGGGCAAUUUUGACGAUGCCAGCUCUCUGGAGCGGGCACUGCAGGGGACCUACGGAACGUUCGUGAUGACUCAGCAUUCCUUUGAAGACCCAAACUUUGAUCAACUGGAGAUCAAGCAGGUAACAGGUGUGGCGGAUGCGGCCAAAGCUGCAGGUGUACAACACGUGGUGUUCAGUAGCCUGGAAGACGUCCAAAAAAUCAUGGGGUUCCCCUGUCUGCACUACGACUCUAAAGCACAGAUCGAAGACUACAUGAAGUCUAUCGGCCUUCCACUUACCAUCGUCAAGUAUCCCGGCUACUACGAGAACUACAUCUCCCUCCGCCUGGUUCAAAAACUGGAAGAUGAUACUUACGAAAUAGCCUAUCCGCUGGAGGGCGCUGCCAAGCACGGCAUCAGCGUUGCCGACGCGGGGUUUGCCGUCGGAGCGAUCUUCGAGAACAGGGCCGAGUGGCUGGGCCGGACUGUCGGCUUCAGCGCAGACAAACUCACCAUCCAGCAACACGCAGACAUCCUCUCCAAACACCUGGCACCGAGGGUGUUCAAACCGAGUAAGCUCAAGGAUUUGGCUGAACACCAGAUCCUUGAGUGUACGAGUGUAUUCGUGCACUACCCUGAGCAUCCCAGCGCGGUUCUUCGCGAACUGAACAGUCUGAGGAAGGAGGCAGAACUGACUGACGUGGUUCUGGAGGUGGAGGGGAGAGGACUGAAAAAGCUGUAG